ACUCGGGUGGGGAUGCUCUGCUCGGCGUGCGCCAGUGAUACGGCCGACAGGCACAGGGACCUUCCGCGUCGCGCCCUCAGGUGCGAGUUAGCUGAGAGGCUCGGACCUGAUUCCGGGUCCGGCCCAGCACCUCGAGAGGGGAGCCCAGCCCCCAUGGCAGCCGCAGGUGCAUCCUGAGGACUUCCUGGAGGAGGCGACGCGGCUGGAGUCGGAGGCAGCGAGCUUAGCCUGAUGGCCGGGAUCCUCCACCAGCUCAGAGACCAGGCCAUGGAAGCCGUGUUCCUGCCAGUCCUGUGGAAGGGGUUGCUGGCCUUUGAGGACGUGGCUGUGUACUUCACCAGGGAAGAGUGGGACGCACUGGACUGGCCUCAGAAGGCCCUCUACAGAGACGUGAUGCUGGACAACUACAGAAACGUGCUCUCCUUGGGACUUCAGUUUCCCAAACCUGAGGUGAUCCGUCAGCUGGAGCAGUGCGAAGAGCCGUGGAUCCUGGGUCUCCCGCGAGCUGGGACUAGGAAGGCUUCCGGUAGUGCUCGCCCAGGUCCUGAAGCCAGAUUCAAGAUGAAAGAGCUAACUCCAAAGCAGAACAUUUCUAAAGAUAUAGAGUCAUGUAAGAUGUCACUGGUAAAGCAGAAAAUGGCCAGGAAACCCUUAGAAAAGUUACUUGAAUGUAACGAAUUUGUGGACAUUUACCAACUUUCACUCCCUACUAUUGGUGAUGAAUGCUGUAAGGACUUCCUUCAAAACCUUAACCUUAUUCAAGAUCGGAAAGCUCAGGCAAGGACAAAGCAGGGCAAAUAUGAUGAGUAUGGAAAACCCUUCCAUCAGAGAUCACUGCUUUUGAGGCAUAAGCGAAUUCUUACAAAUGCAAAAUCUUAUGAAUGCAGCGAAUGUGGAAGAGCCUUCCAGCGUCAGGCAAAUUUUGUUCGACAUCAAAGAAUUCACAGUUCAGAGGAUCCCUUUGAGUGCGACAUAUGUGGGCAGGCCUUCAAACAGAAGUCUGCUCUGAUUGUCCACAAACAGUGUCACUCACAAAAAAAGCCAUAUAAAUGUCAUGACUGUGGAAAGUGUUUCCGUCAGAUGGCAUAUCUUGUUGAACACAGGAGGAUCCAUACCAAAGAAAAACCUUAUAAAUGUAGCGAAUGUGAAAGAACAUUUAGUCAGAAUUCAACCCUUAUUCGACAUCAGUUAAUCCACAGUGGAGAGAAACCCCAUAAAUGCAUUGAAUGUGGAAAAGCCUUUGGCCGGCAUUCAACCCUUAUGAGCCAUCGACAAAUUCACAAUAAACAGAACACUCAUAAAUGCAGUGAAUGUGGUGAAUCCUUUGGUCGGAAUGUAGAUCUCAUUCAGCAUCUAAGAAUCCAUACCAAGGAGGAAUUCUUUGAAUGUAGAGAAUGUGGGAAAACUUUUAGUUUUAAGGCAAAUCUUCAUCGACAUGAGGUCAUUCAUACUGGAGAGAGACCCUACAGAUGUGACAAAUGUGGAAAAUCUUUCAGUUGGCGCACAAGCUUUAUUAAGCAUCAGGGUACUCACAGAGAGCAGAUACCUAUGUGACAGUAACCAGAAAAGCUACCAUUUAAAGACCAGAACUUAACCACUCUUGCAAGUAUGUGUAACUCAAUUGUUUUAUGAAAAUUAAUAAACAGGAACUGAAAUGGUUUUU